CAUCUUCUUCUUCCUAUGGUUCUUCCUCCUCAAUUUCCAUGUCCUCUAUCGCUUCUUGCCCUAUCAAGGAAGCUAGGAGGAGGGUUCGUCACAGGCACAGAAUUUCUUCCCUGUUUUCAUCUCAUUGAUUCGAUAGAAAGAAAGAAGGAAACAUGGAUAUAAACGCGGAGCAAAACCUGUACCGCUCGCCGGAUCAUCCCGGCAUCCAUUGCUACAUUGUGAAUGUCACUUCCAGCAGCGGGCUAUGGCAGAGUGAAAAUCCGCUCACUCAAUCUCUCCCCAUCUUGGCAAUGCAGCUGGCCACCGUCAUCGUCAUCACUCGCGUCCUCCAAUACAUCUUCAAGCCAUACCACAUCCCCCCAAUCGUCGCCAAUAUCUUGGGAGGGAUUCUAAUCGGCCCAACAGCGUUAGGCAAUCUGGGUUAUUUCCAGCAGAUGUUCCCUUUGAGAGCGCUGAUGAUGCUGGAAACGGUUUCAUACUGGGCCUUGACCUGCCACGUCUUCCUGCUCGGAUUGGAAACCGACGUCGCCUCUGUUCUCCGGGCAGGGAAGAAAGCCAUCCACGUCGCCGCUUUCGGCUUCCUCUUCCCCCUCCUCGCCGGCAUCGCCCUUUUCCUCAUGAUACACAAGAACCGCCCGGACGAGGAGAGCAGCCAGAGCCAGUUCGUCUACUUCGCCGCCCCGCUCGCGAUGACGGGCUUCCCGGUCGUCUCCCGGAUCCUCGUCGAGCUCAAGCUAAUCCACACCGAUCUCGGCAGGCUCGCCAUGUCCUGCGCCCUCGUCGAGGAUCUGGUCGGGUGGGCAUUCGUCGUCGUUCUGCUUCCCUACACCAUCAGCUUCUUGAAUGCGGUUUACUCUGCUCUGGCCAAUGUCGCCUUCAUUCUGUUCUGCGUCUACGCGGUUCGCCCUGUUCUGGCCCUUUUGAUCCGCCGCACCACCGCUCACAGGAACAACGUCAACGAGCACUACCUGAGCUUCAUCAUGGUCUCUGUUUCGCUGUUCGCCUGUGCUACGGAGGUGCUGGGGACAGGGUCGCUGGUCGGAGCUUUCGUGUUUGGGGUUAUCAUGCCGGACAGAGUGAUUGCCGGGAUGCUGGCGGAUAAGUUUGAGGAUUUCAUGUCUGGGUAUUUGCUUCCUCUGUAUUUUGUCACCUGUGGGUUGAAGAUCAACCUGAAGGAGGUCAAUAGCAAUUGGGCAGGGCCGGCGUUCACGAUUCUGAUAUGUUGCUCGUUGAAGAUCAUCGGAGCGAUGAUCACCACUUCUAGGUAUAAGAUCCCACGGCGGGAUGCUUUUGCUCUUGGGCUGAUUUCUAAUACCAAAGGGAUCAUCUCCAUGUUCAUGGCAAACUUGGCCAUAGAUAAAAAGAUUUUGUCUAGCUAUGAGUACGCAACACUAGUUCUUUCCAUUGCAGUCAUGACUGCGGCUACGGGGCCGAUCAUCGCCAACAUGUACCGCCCGGCCAAGCGUCUGUCUCAUUACAAACAGAGGACGAUCCAACAAGCCAAAGGAGCAGAAUCCGAGCUCAGAGUCCUGGCUUGCUUCCAUGGCCCCUACAACAUAACAGGGAUGAUCAACCUCUUCGAUUCCUCUGCAACAACCAAAGAAUCCCCUCUCAACGUGUUCGCCCUCCACCUCGUCGAGCUCACCGGUCGAGCCUCCGCGAUGCUGAUCAUCCACAAUCCGGGGAAGAGUCGAGCAGGGCGCAAAGACGCCAACUCUGAACAAAUCCUGACUGCACUGGACACUUUCGCUAGCCUCAACGACUCGAUCGAAAUGCACCCUCUGACUGCGCUGUCCCCUUUCGUCACGAUGCACGACGACAUAUGUAGCCUGGCCGAGGACAGGAGGGUGAGCUUCGUGAUCCUGCCUUUCCACAAGCCCCCGACUCGAGAUGGGAAGCUCGACGAAGAAGGCAGCACCUCGUUUCGAGGGGUCAACCUGAACGUGCUGGCAAAUGCUCCUUGCACCGUAGGACUGUUUGUGGACAGAGGGUUUGGGGAAACCCAGAAUGAGGAUUCUUCCCUGAAGCGGCAGGUUGCAAUGUUGUUCUUCGGCGGGCCUGAUGAUCGCGAGGCUCUCGCUUACGCUUCGAGGAUGGGAGCGAGUGGGGUGGUGAAUCUGCGCGUUGUUAGAUUUCAAUCGGGAAUGUUGGAAUCGAAUCAUGGGGGUGACGAUAUGGAUGGCAUCCAGGGCACAGCCGGCGAGUUCGGUGGCCUUGUGACUGCGUCUGCCUACGUAGAGAGGCAGAGGAAGCUUGACCAAAUGUGCUUGAAUGAGUUCAGGCUGAGAUCCGCGGGGCAAGAGAUGAUCCACUACGAGGAGAAGGAGGUGAAUGGGGAGGAGGAAGUGGUGUUCAUCUUGAGAGAAAUGGCCACAACACAACAGAUUGAUUUGUUCUUGGUGGGGAAAGGGGAAGGUGCCCUGCAGCCUCUGACGGCUGCUCUGUUGGACUGGUGCGAGUAUCCAGAGCUCGGUCCGAUUGGGGACUCGUUGGUCUCGAUGGACGAUUCGCGGAGCUCUGUUCUGAUCGUGCAACAGUACAUCGGGCCGGAGGAAGAAGCAGAGGAGUUGGGGGAUCAACGGCGCGAGCAUAUGGUAGAUGUGCACGAGCCAUCGGAGCACUCGAGAGAGCAUCUUGGGAAGUGGCAGGUUCCUGGGGAAGAAGAUGAGCAUCAUCUUGGCGGGUUUGAGAUGGAGCCAUUUGAUAGGCACAAACGUGAUGAUGGGAUGGAUGGUUUGAAAUAUAACUAUUGAAAUCAAAUCGUCUCAAGUGUUGUUCUUGAUUUGUAGAGAUGAGAUAUUGGAAUGAUUGUUGUUUCCUCAUACUAAUGAA